UUACAGAAUCAAAAUGAAUUAGAUAUAAUAUCUAACUAGCCACGCCGUAACACAGCGGCGUGUGCUACCGCUAGACAAAUUACUUACCGAGUGGAAACUCUGAAAAUUCAACUUAUAAUCAAAAAGUAAAAGAUUCUGAUAUCGUUUUCUUAAAUAUGGAGGUUGCUAGAGAGUUUUUAGAAAAUUCUUUGGAAUCAUCGCUUCACGCUUCGAUACUAAGACUUCCAGAAGUACUAGAAGAAACCGAGACCAGUCCUAAAAGCUCUUCCUCCUACACAAUGGCUAGUGACGGGAGUGUAUUCAGCAGGGAUGUUGACCAUUGGAUAAAUGGUAGCUAUAACCGCACCGAGACCACGGGAGUUCAAGGAAGCAGGGCGGCUGUAAUCCAGCGUUCAACUCUAACAGCAACAGGUUCCGACCAAGCAGGCAUGUGGUACAUGCUGGCUAUGCUUCUCCCACUUUUCUCACUAAACAAUACUACCCGUUGGAGAUGUUCACCCAGCACCAUAUUGAAUACCGCGGAAAUGUUUUUAUCUCAAUUGGGAAGAGUCUGCAGUCACGUAAGAUGUCAUAUCCGACGUGUAGCUGAGAAUCAUAUAUCCAGAGAUUUCUUUGCAGCCGCCAUGGAUAUGGUGCUUGUGGUUUACGCGAUGGGAUUCCUUGUACUGUCCAUGUAUCAAGCUGAGAUUAUUGGCUAAUUUUUUAAAGUUUUCUGUACUGUUUUCAUUACCCAAUAUUACAGUAUGUUGUAAACUACAAUAACGUUAUAAAGGCAUCUGAAUAAAUCACAA